AUGCCUUCGUACAUUAUCACCUGCAGGCCAGACGCCUCCAAGGAAGAGGUGGCUGCCGCCAAGAAGACUGCCGUCGAGCAGGGUGGCACCAUCGGCCACGAAUACGAACUGCUCAAGGGUUUCUCUGUCAGCUUUCCCGACGGAACUGUCAACACCUUGUCUCAGCACCCAAGCAUCGCGUCUGUCGAUGCCGAUCAGGUCGUCAGCACGCACUGUGCCAAGCACUCAGCACAUCGCGAUGCCGCCAUGAGAUGCCUCGUUCGGCCAUUGAGGGCUGUUCAGCCCACGGCCACCUUUGUGUCGAAACGCCAUUGUUCUCGCCCUUGCCUUCGUUCUCCCCAUCUUCGACUAUCGCUUUCUACUGCUCCCCAUCAUGAACACGCCCGCGAACAUCAGCCACCACCACCACCACCACCACCACCGCAUCCAAUAUCGCACGGCAAAGAGCCGCCACCGCUGCGCGACCAGGACAUCUCCCGUCUUGCUGAGGAGCCGGUGCACCAGCUGCGUCUGGCCGAUCUGGUCAAACACGGAUGGCCCCCUCUCAGCGAAGAGGCCCUGCUGCAGAGCGCCAACUUCUCGCUCGAACUGAUUCCCAUCCGCCUCGCUCGUCGGCUGCAGGCCCUGCGCAGUCUGCCCUACAUCGUCGUGUCCAAUCCGCACGUCCGGCAGAUCUACGGUAACUAUCGCCAUAGCCUGCGCUCGCUGCUGCCGCUGUGGCGUCGUCGUGCCGAGGGCGCCGUCGCGACGCUCGAUGACGAGAUCGCCUUCACCGAGUCCCUCGCCGAUCUCGUUGCCACCCACCAGAACACCAUCCCCUUUCUCGCCCAGGGCUUCCUCGAAUGCCGCAAGUACAUCUCGCCUGCUCACGUGACCGCCUUUCUCGACGAGCAUCUGCGCGCUCGCAUCGGCACCCGUCUCAUCGCCGAGCAGCACAUCGCCCUGCACCUCAGCAGCCGACCUUUUGAGCGGAAGAGCGACACCGGCCCCUCGCCUGCCGCCUCGUCUCUCGACAGCGCCCCCACCGGACAGCCGCCGCCGUCGUACAUCGGCAUCAUCGACACGCAGCUGCGGCCGGCCCAGACCAUUGACAGCUGUGCCGGCUUUGUCGCCGACAUCUGUGAGCUCAACUACGGCGUCCGGCCCGAGUGGCGCAUCGACGGCGAGCCCGGCACCACCUUUGCCUACGUGCCCAUGCAUCUUGAGUACAUUGUCACCGAGCUGCUCAAAAACGCUUUUCGUGCCGUCGUCGAGGGCAACAUGUCGCGCGAGCCCAUUGUCAUCACCAUUGCGCCCGAACCGCCGAACCGCCUCCGCCCAGAGCGACCGCUGGGACCGGACAAUGACGGUAUCAUCGGCGACGGCAACAGCCCUGCCGCCAUACUGCCGCUCGACGAAAAUGCGCCUGGCGUGACUAUCCGCAUCCGCGACCGCGGCGGCGGUAUUAGUCCCGAAGUGCUGCCCAACAUCUGGUCAUACUCUUUCACGACCUUCUCCGACGCCGCCCAGGCCUCGACUGAUGACGGCGGCUUCGGCUCCGACGGACUUGACAUCAUCUCGUCCGCCAACAACGGCGGCAGCUCCAUUGCCGGCCUCGGCUACGGAUUGCCGCUCAGCCGGGCAUAUGCAGAGUUUUUCGGCGGCGGCAUCGACGUCCAGAGUCUGUACGGUUGGGGUACCGAUGUCUAUUUACGGCUAAAGGGUGUUGGAAGCAUCGGGGACAGCAACAAGUGA